AACGGCCUGAACGUGUGGUGUUUCACCAAGUACCAGCAGAUGGCAGCAUGCCACCAUCAUCGCGUUGGUUCUACCGGGAGGCCAGAAGAAGAAGCGUGAACAGGAAGUGACCAUCUGGCGAACAUUAGCCUGGAAGCCCACGGGCUAACAACUCAUGAUAUGACGUUUGGACCUUAAUCAGUGAGUUUCAAGUCUGUCUGUUUGUUCCGAGGCUUCCUCUUAGCCUCUGUUUGGGUCCAGCUCUAAACAAGGUUCGGUCAGGUUGUUCGUAUCCCGCUCUGAACUCGUUCUCUUGUCAGAGUUGUUAGUUAGCUUCUCGGAACUUAGGUUCCGAUAAAGCCAGGUUACACUAGAGACCAUGGUUUGGUUCGAGUUGCAUGUUUGGAUCUGCACAUACAUAGUCCGGCCGUCCACCCUCCAGGUGUGUCAUCGUGGGCGAUGGCUCUAAUCGAAGGUGUCGGCGAUGAGGUGACGCUGCUCUUUGGCUCACUGCUGGUGUUGUUGGUGUUGCUGCUGGCAUGGAUCUCCACCCACACCUCUGAGCCCCCAGAGCACCUGUUCAAUGCCUCUACAGACCCCACCCCCACAGAAGGCACCGUCUCUGCCCCACAGGACACGCCCCUGUCCUCCACCAGCAGCAGCUCCUUGUCUUUCUCUCCAACGUCAUCCUCAUCUUCAGCUGCCAGCUCUGUGAAUGACAGCGUCCCGUCAGAGGCUCCACCCACGACCUCCGCCACACAGGAAGGUAGUGAGGUGGGGGGAGGAGUCAGACACAGAGCAGGGGGGGAGCCAUUGUCCUCCCCAAGAAACAUGGUGGUCAGACUAAAAUUUCUGAACGACACAGAGAGAACGGCUCAAGUCAAACCACAAGACACCAUCGGAUACAUCAAACGGACCUACUUUGCGGGUCAGGAGCAGCAGGUCCGGCUCAUCUACCAGGGCCAGCUGCUGCAGGACGACGCUCAGACCCUGGCCUCCCUCAACCUGGCUCACAACUGCGUCCUGCACUGCCACAUCUCUCAGCACGCCGCGCGGGGAGCAGCGGGAGGGGUGCGGCCCGGCGACCAGGUGCAGGUGGCGCUUAAUGUGGGCAGCCUGAUGGUGCCGCUGCUGGUCCUGAUGCUGUCCGUGCUGUGGUACUGUCAGAUCCAGUACCGGCAGUUCUUCACCGCCCCCGCCACUGCCUCACUGGUUGGGGUCACGAUCUUCUUCAGCCUAGUAGCCUUUGGGGUCUACCGCCGCUAGCUGCUCUCUGAUUGGCUGCUGAUGUAGACAGAUGCUGAUGGUAGUUCAUGGUUUUAUUCUGUUGCCAUGGAGAUGCCGCAUGUAAACAAAGACUGUGAUUUUAUUUUUUAGGUUGCGUUGCUCUUUAGUUCUUCAUCAUUGUGCCUCUCUGAGCUCUCAGCAGCAGACUCCACUCCCGUCUGUCUCCUGUCCGCCUGUCCGUCUACCUGUGAGGGGAGAACGUCCGUCUGGAUUAAGAAAAUUAAAGAAUUAAUUUAUGCUGCUGUGUUUUGUGUAGUCACUAAUGCAACUUUUGUUAGAGCAUCACAAGCAUCUUACCAGCAAACUGAGCUGGAGAUGUCUGCCUGAAAAGCCACAGCUCAGACUUUUUCACAUGACUAAAUAAAGCUUUAAAUUUUGAA